GGAUUGCACUUCACUAGUUCCGCCAUAAAAAAAGAAAAAAAAACAGCCAAUGCAGUCCUUCUUUACAGCCAAUAUAUGACAUCGACCAGCGAUAAACCGCACGCCUGGAAACUGACAUGUAAUUCGGCCGUGUUAGUAUAACCUACACCAGCACCAACUGGCGCUACAGCGUUUUAACAGAAGACAUGAACAGGGUGUGGAUGUGUUAGUAGCCUGGUAGCGAGCUCACCUGUUUGUGUUGUGGUGAUGGAGAAUAUCGAAGAGUCUUCGCCCCUCCGGAUCACUCCUACCGUCCGGGCGCUUAGCUCCGCACUGCGGGGGAAGCGCGAAAAUGUCCUCGAUUCCAGUCGGGAAAACGGUGAUAGGAUAUUCCCCGAACCGGAGAAGCUCUGGUUCAAGGAAAGCAGCGCUAAAAAUCUGCGUAACAGGGACUUCUUGUCGCCGACCACGAUGCUUAACACGUUGUAUGCGGACGGACAGGUUCCUCCAGCAGUGAUGUCCAGGGUCCGGUCUCUCCGUGGCAGUGGGGUUCUCCCUGUGGCUGGCGGGGAGGUAAUGUGUGAGGGGUUGAGGGUGAGGGUGGAUCGGGCGGCUGCCUUCAGGGCUGUCCUAGCAGGUGGAGCCACAGAGUACCUGAAGCCCUCAAGUCAAAGGCAAGGCUGUGUGGUGCUCAACUGUCCUGCGUUGCACCCUAAACCCAAUACCCCAACCCCUGAUACACUUACUCUGGGCCAGUUGAGGACUGUUCUCUUGGCUGACCACAUGGGGGCACUGUUGAGAAGACAGGGAUUUUCAGUGUCCUAUUGUCCCACACUUCCUGAAGACAGUGACAUCAUCACCUUUCUUCGAGCUCUGGGCAUCAAUUGGCCCACAGUCCCGACCAAUUGGACCAACAAGAAGCGAGAGGAAAAGAUUCAGGAGGCGCUGGAGAACUCCCCCUACAGAGAGAGAGAAAUGGAGAGAAGCAGGAGGACCAGUGGUGGAGGAGGGAGGAAGGUGGAGGAGGGGGAGGAAGAGGGAACGCUCAGGGUCAACUUGAAAAGAGUGUUCCAGGAAGAGGGGUUGCUGGGAUAUGACCCCAGCCUUGGCACCUGCACAGUACACAGAGACAGUGUUUCCCACCUGGCACAGCUGGACCUGGCCACAGCCAACUGCACAGUAGCCAUGGCAACAGCGUUACAUGUGACUUCCUGUCAGGAUGAGUUCCGACAGCAGCAGAUAGCAGUGCUGUGGAGAGCCACCGGAGCAACGCAUACACAGAGACAUCUGGUGUGUGGGCCUGUGAAGACUCCAGGUUCUCACCUCACUGCUGCACAGUACCUGCAACUGAGAAGAGGUCAGAUGAAGGAGGCAUCGGAAAUGAAGUAUGGAGAUCAAGUAGAAGGUCAAACAUGGGAUGACAUCAUCAGGGUCAUGACUUCUGCCACUGUCAGAUUUGAGCUGCUGUCAACAGUCCACACCAGUCCUGUGACACUGGACGUCCAGAGGGAAGGCGGCGUGUCCACCAAAGGGCCGAGAGGAGGGGUGUUUGUGAUGUAUAACUGUGCCAGGCUGCACACUCUGUUUGACAGCUACGAGAGAGGAGUGGAGAAGGGUCUGUACCCAGAAAUCCCUGAAGGCUCUCAGCUAGACUUCUCUGCUCUGAAAGAAGAGGGCGAGUGGCUUCUCCUGUUCAAUUACCUCAUUCCCUUCUCUGAGCUGCUGGACCAAUCGGGACAAGUGUUAGACUGUGAGGGGGGAGGGGCCAGAGUCAGUAUUAAGACUGAGCAGAUCUGUAAAUUUCUCGUGUCUCUCAGUAAAGACUUCAGCUCGUACUAUAACAGAGUCCAUGUGCUGGGGGAGCCAUUGCCUCAUCUCUUCAACCAGAUGUUUUGUCGUCUGUAUCUGUUGAGAGCGUUGAGAGAGCUCUACCACAGCGCUCUGGAUACCCUAAACCUUCCCCCUAUCAGGCAACUAUAGCCUCGACAUUCUUCACUCAUCCUGUGAUCACCGUUAGCCCUACCUCCCCUUCACCCAUUUCAUUCACACUCACCUGACUUUUGCGUUUCUACCUUCAUCAUGUACACGAUUCAUUAAGCAAGGAACACGUGUCCAACUAAGACACACUGUCAUGUGGCAGUGUUACAGUAAAGUCUAAAGGCUGUUAGAGUCAAAUAUAAGAUUAUUAUUUUAUCGGCCCUCUAUAUAGCUUCUACAGCUCAUCGGCACUUACAUUUUUCAUUUUUCUUACCCAUAAAUCAUAAAGUGCGAUGUCAGUGUAGUUUGACAUUUUAGGAAAUAGGCAUUUCUUUCUUAUUGAGAGUUAUAGGAGACUGAUACCACUCUGACGCCUGUACAGUAUAUAUGAAAGUGCUGCAAGCAGCUGUUUAGAGACUAGAAGCAGGGAGAGGCGGCUAACUUUAACUAAGCUUUAACUAAUUAACACAGUAUAUAUUUUCAUUUGUGCAACAAUCUGAGACUCCAGGUGGUUAAUGGUCUCAGUACAGAAAUAGUCCAAAGACCCUUAAAACACUGAAUUGUCAUUUUUACACUUUUUGUAGGUACAAACGAUAAUCGGCGUGCUUAAUAGUGAGCUUUAGAGAUGCUGGUGGUGGACUUUGUUACCUUUGCACAGAGCGAGGUGUCCUCUAACUCUCUGUAAUAAAGUAAAUAAGCAUAUUUCCCAAAAUGUGGAACCUUUAAAUGUAAAUCAUGCUGGAUGGAGUUUGUCCUCCAAUGAGAAUGGCAAGGAAUUUGAAUUUUAGCAGCCAAAUGAUCCCAAUGUUGGUGCACACGGGAUGCUUUCUUUAAAGUUUGAAGCCCUACUUUGUAAUUUUAAAUUCGGUUCCAGUCAUGUGACCUUAGAGUACAUUUGUAGGCUCUUUGGCCUAACCAGACACCUGAGACUUUUCGGAUAACUUUGGUGCCAAAACAUCCGAUCUAAACUGAAAUAAGACAUGUUGAACUUCCCACAUUACUGCCUACCAUAAUGUUGCUAGAAGUCUCCACUCUUUGUCUGUCACUGCCUGAGGACAAUUUUUUUUUUUUUACUUUUUAAAUCAGCCUCGUUCACCUGUUGAAGUUCGCAUUUCAUGUAAGUUACCCACCUUCAACGCCACACGAAUAUUUAUUGUCUUAAAAAAGAGAUGUGUACAGAAUAUAUAUAUUCUGUGUAUGAGUCUUUAAUUGCUGUGUUCAUGUUAUUAUUCAGAGCCCUCUGAUUAGUCUCAGAUAUCCUGUUGGACAAAUCACAAACGUUCAGUAUCAACCAGAUGUAACAGGUGUUCACAAGUUAUUGACAGAAACCGUGUAUUAGCAGCAUUUAGGGCGUCGUGCCAUUAUGUUAGGAAAUGCAUGACAUGGCAUGAAAAUAAUAUAUAUGAAGAGAGUUUUAUGCCGAAAAUGUUAUUUAUAAAUUUUGGUAUGGGAAAAUGGUGAUCUAAAAUUUGUCUUCAGUAUCUCAGAAAUGUGAAAUGUUGUCUGUUCAAAUGUGCCAUAGCUUGUUUUAACUUUUUGCUUUACAUUAUUUUGUGAGCUGGUGCUUUUUUAAGUGAAUAUCUCAUGUUGGAACAAAACAUUUAGCAUACACAAGUAGUAAAUAUGUUGCAAACUCACUUCUCACUGCAUGAAAUGUUUGAUCAAAUGUUGCUUGUCCCUGAACGAUCUAUGGAUUCUUUUUAAUUGACUUUUUUUUUUUUUAAAUAACAUUUCAUGUCCAAUAGAAAAGGGAAUGCAUUCUAGCAGUGUCUUUAAUAUGCUGAUUUAUUUCCAGUGACUGUCUUGUUAACCUCUGCUGUAUUUACCACAGUAUUAAAGAGAUGCAGAACGAGA